AUGGCCAAGUCCAAGGGUGCCCGCGCCCAACUCCCCAACGGCAAUGGAACUGCUCCAAAGGUUCGCAAGAGGGUCCGCUUUCACAGGAGAGCACCUCUGGUCCACUCGGACGAGGAGGGUGAUAAUAACCACGACGGUGGCGUCCAGCUGAAUCGCUCUCGUGAGGCUGUUCUCAACCCAAUCAUCGAGACUCCUGAUGAGGAAGGAGCCGCCUCCUCCAGCCAUGAUGAUGAUGAUGAUGAUGAUGAUGGUCAGGACAGCGAUGACGGAGGUGUGUCUUUGGUCGCUAUCAAGCCGCUCGUCAUCUCCACUCUGGCUACUCCUUAUGCUGGCAGCCCGGCUGGCUUCAAGCUUGACCCAACCACUUCUGGUUUCGCCCCAACUGAGCAGAAUUAUGCUCCUCAGACCGGGCACCAAGUGAUCCAGGGCCCAGGACACCAGCAGAUCCCAGCUUACCAGCAGGCCCCAACUGGACAUCGGGCCCCGAUUCAACAGCAGGCGUCAGCUCCUCAGACCAGUGGCACCUCCGGUUUUCAAGGUCGCUCCAAGCAUCCGGUCCCCGGCGGUUAUACCAAUGGCAACGGCUACGGGCAGGCUUACAAGCGCCAGAAUGGCCCGCAGACUCAUGGUACGAACGAUCCUGUCCACGGACAGGGCAGAGGCGUCAAACCACCAACCAACGGUGGUCAAGGUGGGUAUAACGACCGCCCCGAUGGCGGUCUUCAGGCCGAUGAUGGCCAUGGCGGAACGAGCCACGGCGGCACACCCCAUGGCCGUGGCAUUCAGCCUGGCACUCAAGCUGGCAUGAAGAGCGAGCCGCACAACUUUGCGCCUCGCCUGACCUCGCCGAUCAUUUGCGAGCCGCCUCCUCGGUUCCUUCUGGCUGCCCCUUCACCGUCAGUUGGGGGCCAGGUCGUCCAGCAGGGCCCCGUGGCAGCCGGGGCACUCGUUCCGUACAAUGCCGACCCCUUCAACGUCGCCCAGCAGCAGCAGGUGGUGCCCCUCCAGCCGUCGCUGGCCAUGGCCCCCCACGGUGCGGAGCCAGUACCGCACCAUAUCAAGGUCUUGCGUUCUGCCCACCUGAACCGCAUUACCGAUGGACCGACGGGUCGUCCGACCUUGAAUGUUGCUCUGAACCCAGCCAAUUUUCCGUUCAUCCAGAGCACUACUCAGGCUGAAGCAGUCAACUACGGGGUCAUCAAGAUCAAGAAUAUCCCCUUUACCACCCAGCGCGCGGAGAUUGUCGCCUUCCUUGGACGGAACUCGAUGAUUCUGAAUGAUAACCAGGAACCGGUCCACAUCAUCAUGGAGCGCGUCACCAGCAAGACCCAUGAUGCCUAUGUCGAGUUCGUGACCCUGCACGACGCGAUGAAGGCGGUCGAGAAGCACUCGCGCGGGCCAGGCAAGGGCAAGCCUAGCCGCCUCGGUGACCGCCCUGUCGAGGUGGAGCUGUCGAGCCAGGCCAUGCUGAUGAAGGAUCUCUUUCCGCUUGCGGCUGGAAUCUUCUGGGAUGGCUCGAAGCCCAACAUCAAGCCGUCAACCGAAGGCGAGCCCUGGAACGACUUCAAGGGCUUCAUCACGGAGGAGGAGAUGACCAUGCUGGUGAAGCAUGUUGAGAUCCCGCAGCGAUCUCCUUUCUCCCGCGAAUGCCCACAGCGCCCCUUCGAGUGCAUGAUCAGCACCAUCAAGAAGCUCCCUUGGUACAUGGCCGAGCACAUCACUAUCCGCCAGCGGCACGCCGUGUAUAAGGCCGCCGUGAACCUCAUCCGCCUGCUUCAGCUGGCCAUCAAGGACCGGCGCAACGAGGGGGUCCUGACACCACAGCUCCUGAGACGCCUCUACACGGCCGCCAUGCUCUGCCCGGGCUUCACCGUCACCAUGAAGGACGACAUCGCCUACCUGGUCAGUCUGAGCGAGAACGAGCAGCGCGGCUUCAACCAGCCCCGAUUCGCCGACUGCUGGCGUCACGCCCAUACCUUGGCCCCGAAGCCGGACAUCCCGCUCGACGUUCUCGAGUGGUACAUCGCCAUCAUCCGCGAGGAGACGACCCGGUUCGUCAACUCGCUGGGGCUCAACGACCGCACGCGCAUCCUGCAGCGCGCCAGCCGCACCGACGGCUACUGGGGCCACUUCUGGCUCGAGCUCAGCCUGCCCGCCGGCCCGGCUUUUGACAACCUCAGCCUCGCCGCCGUGGCGUCGGUCGAGUUUGCCGCCCUCGAGCGCAUCUUCGCCCGCGCCUUUCCGCAGGGACAGUAG